GAGAAGUCCAGGGUGAGCUUCCUGAUGGUGGACAGUGCUGGCACGGAGGACAAGCCCUUAAAGAUCCCCAAGGAGGUGUGGCUGCUGGUGAACCACCUCUUUACCCAGUCCUGCCAGCAGGUGAGAGGAUAGUUAGGGGGAAAUGUUCAAAGCACUAUUAUUUCUAGGUUGUACGGCAUUAGAGUAUGCUUUUAAUCUCAAUUAUGAAGAUUCUCAAAUGCUGUUGCAAUAAAUUUGAAUGAUUUUCAGAAUGAGGUAUUUCUUCGAGGGGUAACCUUGGUUAACCUGGAAUCCAAACGGAUUAUCACUCCAUUUCACUAUUGUUACUUCUGUUGGACAGAGCAAAACAGCGCAAAAUUCAGUUUGCUUUCCAGGCUAACCCUUCUAGGCAGUAUUCUAGACUUAGUCUCUCAGCCUGUAAAUAGUAUUCUACCCUACCCUUAUUACAAUGUCAUUUCAAAAUGAUAUUCUCCUGUAAACUCCUUGCCGCUCUUCCAGGAGGACCUGUUCCAGACACCGGGCCUGCAGGAGGAGCUGCAGAGUAUCAUCGACUGCCUGGACACCAGCAUUCCUGACUCCAUCCGUAUCCUCACUCAUAUGUCCCCAGUCGUUCCUGACUCCAUCCGUAAUCCUCACUCAUAUGUCCCCAGUCGUUCCUGAGUCCAUCCGUAAUCCUCACUCAUAUGUCCCCAGUCAUUCCUGACUCCAUCCGUAAUCCUCACUCAUAUGUCCCCAGUCAUUCCAAACCCCCUGGCACAUAUCCACUAGUAGGCCCAGCCCUGUAACAGGACACUGUGACUGAGAUGCCACACAGUUAGAUGGGUCCCUGCGAUAAAGCGGCUGCUAUACACAGACUGCUGCCAAGGCAUGUGCUGGUAGCAUUAGGGUGAGCUACAUCCACCACAUGCGCUACAUAGAUUAGCAGUGUGGCUGAAGUAUGAUAUCUGUGGUAGUUGGGGUUUACGGUGUGCAAACUUCCUGUCCAUACGUAUGCUCAUGCAUCAACACACACACAACCAGCUUGUUUGAGGGGAUCAGUUUGAACUGAUUGCUAAUCUUCAUCACAUAAUGAGUAGCUAUUUAGGAUUCAAGGUGAUUUGUAGAUCAGUGAUUCUGCGCAGUAUGACAGCAAUGUAGUCAAGUUCAAACACGCACACCCACCCUCGGCCACAAAUCUGUGUUCCCCCGACUGUGUUCCCCCGACUGUGUUCCUGACUGUUCCUUGACUGUGUGUGUCAGCUGGUUGUAACCACUCGGUGGCUGAGGCCCUGUUGAUAUUUCUGGAAGCUCUGCCUGAGCCAGUGGUGUGUUACGAACUCUACCAGCGCAGCCUGGACUGCUCCCAUGACAGCCGCCUCUGCAAACAGGUGCAGUGAAUUGAAUUACGAUUUUAGGGUGGCCUAACGUUAAAUAUUUCCACAUAAAAAUCAAUUUAAAUGAAUCUGGAAAUGGAGAUGAGUAGGAGUCAUUGACUUCUGUUGAAUCGAUAAAGUUCAUGUGUAUGAUCAUUGCAUACCAUAAGACAUAGUUUGUCCUCUAGGCUCUACAAGGGUCUGGUUGGGGUUGUCAUCUGUCUUUUCUCUGGGCUGUUUUGGCAGUUGAUCUCCCAGCUGCCCCGGGCUCACCGCAACGUGUUCCGCUACUUGAUGGCGUUCCUCAAGGAGCUGCUGAAAUACGCCCACAACAACAACCUCACUGCCAGCCUCAUAGGUCAGUUCCCCAUGGCCACAUGCUCUCUAACCUACAUGUGCUUUUUCAGUAGGGUACACUGCAGCAAAGCGUUAUGCAACGGAAUGCAAAUAUCUGUGUUCUUAUUGGAUAUAGUAGUAUGUCCCCGCUUCACUCCAUUUCAAAACAUAUCUUCCCUACUGAAAAUUACCCUGAUUUUAGGGUCAAUACUAUUCAGGAAAUGAAAUUCCCAAGCCUAGAAUUGAAAAAUGUCAUUUAUUUUCAGUAACGUUAAUAAAACCAUUUAACUGGAACUUCAAUUCACUGAAUCCUGAAUGAAUUGAAAUGAAACGGAUCUAAACCCCUGUUUUGAAAUGCCUCUGUUUUUCACAUCUUCCUCUACCUCUCUCUCCUCCACUGUGCCCAUGCCAGCUACCCUCUUUGCCAGCCUGCUCAUCCGGCCCCCGCCCAACAUGGUGGGCCGACAGACCCCGCAGGACCGACAGAGAGCCAUCGACUUCAUCCUGGGCUUCCUCAUGGGAGGGGACGAGGAGUGA